CACCAAGAUCAGCUUCCUUUCCUUCCUGCUGGCUGCUGAACAAAUGGAGAUUUACUCCUCCUCUGUCAACUUAGUUUCAUUUCUCCUCUUCUUCUCCUCCCUUUUUAUUAUAGUGCUAGUUAGAAAAUGGAGAAAUUCAGAAACCAGUAGCCAAAAACAAAGGUUGCCUCCAGGUCCAUGGCGACUUCCACUUAUUGGAAGUUUACAUCACUUAAUCGGAGCACAUCCACAUCGCAUUUUUAGAGAUUUAGCUCGAAAAUAUGGUCCUGUUAUGUACUUAGAACUAGGGGAAGUUCCUACAGUGAUCAUAUCAUCACCUUCUGCGGCAAAAGAAACUUUAAAAACUCACGAUCUUGCCUUUUCUAAUAGGCCACAGUUUACAUCCACAUAUAUUGUUAUGUACAAUAAUAAAGACAUUGCGUUUGCAGAAUACGGUGAUUACUGGAAACAAAUGCGAAAAAUUUGUAUUAUGGAACUUCUAAGUGCAAGGAUGGUCAAAUCAUUUAGCUCGAUUCGAAAAGAUGAGCUUUCGAGUCUCCUUUCAUCAGUUCAAUCCGUUAAGGGUACUUCUGAAGUCAAUAUGACAGAAAAAAUUGUUAGGUUUGCGAGUUCUGUGACAUGUCGAUUAGUUUUUGGAAAAUUAGGCAAAGAUCGAGAGCUGUUGAUUGAAUUGAUGAAAAAAACGCUGUUAUUAGCAGGAGGAGAUGUGGGUGAUUUGUUCCCUUCGUGGAAGUUACUUUACAAAAUGAGUGGAGCAAAAUCAAGAUUGGUAAAAAUGCAUCAAGAGGUUGAUUCAGUUCUAGAUAACAUAGUUAAUGAGCAUAUUAGGAGUCGAGCAGACGGGAACAAGGGAAAUGGUGAGUAUGGAGGUGAAGAUUUGGUUGAUGUUUUCCUAAGAAUUCAGGAGAAUGACCAACUUCAAUUUCCAAUCACCAAUGACCACAUAAAAGCUGUGAUUUUGGACAUGUUUACUGCUGGAACUGAAACUUCAUCUACAGCUAUUAUUUGGGCAAUGUCAGAACUGAUGAAGAACCCAAAUGUCAUGGCCAAGGCACAAAGUGAAGUGAGACAAGCCUUCAAAGGGAAAUCGAGUUUUGAUGAAGAAGAUCUUGAUAAUUUGCCGUACCUAAUGUUAGUGGUUAAAGAAACAUUAAGGCUACACGCUCCAAGUAUAUUGCAUAGGGAAUGUAGGGAACAAACAUGUAUUGAUGGAUAUACAAUACCUUCUAAGGCCACAGUACUAGUUAAUACAUGGGCAAUUGGAAGAGAUCCAGAAGUUUGGAACAACCCUGAGAGUUUUAUACCAGAGAGAUUUGAAAAUUCUUUUAUUGACUAUUUGGGAAAUCACUUUGAGUUUAUUCCAUUUGGUUCGGGAAAAAGAAUUUGUCCAGGAAUGCAGUUUGGUUUAGCUAAUUUUAGAUAUCCUUUGGCUCGGCUCCUCUACCACUUCAACUGGGAGCUUCCAUAUGGAACUAGUCCGAAAGAUUUGGAUAUGAGUGAGAAACCUGGAAUGAGUGCAGCGAAAGAGAAAGAUCUGUACGUAAUUGCCAAAAACGAUGAGUGUUUGGAUGUCAUGCUUUAGUUUGGUGUUUAUUGGUGUCUCCCUUUUGUAUUUGAAGUUUUCCCAGAAAAUUAGCAAAGAAUAAGCUUCAAACUGGUUUUACAUUUUUGGUUCAAAAUGUCAGAUCAAAGAAUCUGUUAUGCUAUUUGUGUAGUAUGUAAUAAUUUGAUCACAUUUUGUUUCUCUUUUCUUUAUGUCAUAGUUUUUGGUCCA